AUGCCUCCACAAGUAGGCCAAAAGCGCGCUGCCGGUGAAUCGUCUGGCUCCCAAGGCGGGCGAACGAAAAAGACCCGCUUCGUUGAGCCCUCGGAGGACCCUGUCAAUUUUGCGGAAGAAGUCGACUCGGCUCUUGAGACGAAGAAUAGAAAAGGUCGCGUCAAAAAUGAGGGCUACGAGUCAGACUCGAGUGACGAUGGUGAGGGUGUCGUUCUGAGCCGUAAGAACAAGGCGGAUGAUGACGAAGACGACGAUAUGUUCACUAUGGGAGACAAGGAUGAGAAGAAGGAUGAGACGCCAGCGAAGAAGAAAAAGGCAAACUACCUGCGUCUCGGAGAUAUCGAAGGACAGGAGUUUGGGGGGUCUGGUUCGGACGCUGAGUCAUCGGGCGACGAUGAGCCAGAAGACGAAGAUGAAGUGGAACGGAGAAAGAAGGCUGGAAUGGGGUACGAACUGUCGUCCUUCAACAUGCGAGAAGAGAUGGAAGAGGGCAAGUUCACCGAGGACGGUAGCUACGUACGUUCAUUCGAUCCGCAUGGCGUACACGACCGCUGGAUGGAAGGGGUUGAUGAGAAGGAAAUAAAAAGGGCGAGACGUCGGAAACGGCACAUGGAGAAGAUACAGAAGGAGAGGAUGAAGGCAGAGGAGCAAGAGCUAGAGCAUUCAGGUGGCGUCCCCGCUAUGGAAAUGGAUCUUUUGUCUUAUCUCAAAAGAGGUGAGACUGUACUCGAAGCUUUACAGCGGUUGGGCGUACAAGCAAAGAAGUCAAAGCAAAGCACUAAAUCUAAGGCAACUGUGAAUGAUGCUAUGCAUAUUGACAAGAAGCCUUCAGCACGUUCUGAUAUUGAACUUAUCACCCAUCUUGCGUCGAACAUCAUGACGCUUGGCGAUGUAGACAUUUACUCCAAAUCGUACGAAGAGCUCGUUCGCACAGUUCGGUCUUCAGGCUCUGUCGACGCCUCUUGGGAGCCCCCGUCGGCAGAUAAGAAGUUCGAGUACAAAUGGAACAUGCCAGCUUCGGGUCAGACAGUCCAGACGUUUGGUCCUUUUGGUGAGGAAGAGAUGCGGUCAUGGUACAAGGCAUCAUACUUUGGGGCCGCAGGGGAGAAGGUGAAGGUACGGGAGGUCGGCAGCGAGUGGAAAGAUUGGGACGACGCUCUUUCUUGA